AUGUCCUUCGAUCCUCCCCUCGACAAGCCCCGCCAUCUCCGCUACUGGCAGCGCUGCGCCCGCACACUACUGCCCCACCACUACACGCCCAACGACAGCCAGCGCGUGACCCUGGGCUUCUUCAUCAUCGCCGCCAUCGACCUGCUCUCCCCCCACGACGAUCCAAAACCCCUCCUCACCCCCGCCGACCGCCGCAGCCUGCGCAACUGGGUCCUGUCGUGCCAGCACCCCCAUGGUGGCUUCUGCGGCAGCCCUACCCAUGUCUUCCCCGCUGACUGCGAUGACAGCGACGCGGGCGGGAAUGCGAACAUAGCCGCGACGUACUUCGCGCUGCUGUUGCUGCCGAUGCUGUCGGAGGAUGAUCAUGCGGAGGGUGGUGCAUACGCUGGUGUCGACCGGGCCAAGACGCUGAGGUGGCUACGGAGGCUGCAGAGGGUCGACGGGGACGGCAGCUUUGGCGAGGUCAUCUACGAAUUACCUGAUUUCGAAAAGAGUGAUGGCCAACAAGAUACUGGGAGUAGAAAAUAUAUAGUCGGCGGCGGCAAGGAUAUGCGCUACUGCUACCUCGCCGCCACGAUCCGCUGGAUUCUCCGCGGCGAUUUGACAGAAGACGACGAGGCUUACGUCGAGGAUAUUGACGUCGCCGCGCUGGUGCGCCAUAUCCGACGCAGCCAGUCCUAUGAUGGCGGCUUCUCCGAGAGCCUGGGUCACGAGAGCCACGCCGGCUACGCAUACUGCGCCGUGGAGGCCCUGGCCCUGCUGGAUCGGCCGGUUGAGAGCGCGACGUCGAGCCCUGAUGCGGAAGAUCAAGACACACCAUCACCACAUUACACACAAAGCAAAAUAUUGCAGGAUGGCAUAGCAGACAUGCCGGGGUUCAUAUCCUUCCUCGUCUCCAGGCAGUUCGCAUACCUCAAGGACCAAGAAAAGAAGGCAGAAGAGGACGACGAGGACCCGGAGACGGCAAACUUCCAGAUGGCCAACCUCUCCCUGUCGGAACCCCACGAGGACACGAAACACAUCGGCUUCAACGGCCGCUGUAACAAGGUCGCCGACACGUGCUACACCUGGUGGGUGCUGGGCUCGCUGUCCAUCCUGGGAGUCCUCGACCACUAUUCCUCCUCAUUGCCAGUCCCCUCACCCACAACAGUUGGGCCAGAAGCCAUCAGGGCAGCCCGUGCCUUCCUCCUCGACAACACCCAGCACGCCAUCGGCGGCUUCGGCAAGCGGGCUGGCGACCCCCCUGACAUCUACCACUCCAGCCUGGGCCUAUUCGCCCUCGCCACCAUGGGCGACCCUGCGCUGAAGAAGGUCGAUGCCGGGCUGGCUGUGAGUGUCGACACGGUAAGGAAGAUCGAGGCUGGGAGGAGGGGCCUGUUGAGGAGAGCAAGGAAAGGCACAAGUGGUGGCGAGGCCAGGGGAGGAGGCGGCGGGUUUGGGAAGGGCCUGGUGGGUAUGGCUGUCUCGAUGGGGAGUGGUGGCGACAGGCCGGCGUGGUUGGAUGGGGCAGUAUGA